GUCGAUUCAGGGAUUCCUUUUUUUGGGUUCAACUGUGUCCCCUAUAUCCCUAAAGAUAUCCCAAUUAGAUGUCAUUUAGUAGAUUAUACUUCCAAUGGUAGAUCUCACAUCACUCGCUGUGAAUGAUUGACUCCCUUCCUACUUCCCCAUAUAUACAUCUACAUAAUUUACGAGAAAGAACAUCAACCAGAUCGUCAAAUUUCUUUAGAAUGGUAUCAUGAGUUUAUGAUAUGAUGAUACGUCUCCCGCUAAUUCGAUAAAGGUGGUCAUUCUUACAAUUACCUCCAUCCGUGAACACCGAAGCUACUUGUCUAAAUUAACUGAACCAUACAUACUCCCAGAAAUACCCACACUAAGCCCUCGUGACACUAAAAUUCUCCAAGAUCAUCAACUACAAGUUUAUACUGGUACAUUGCUAGUAUACAACCAAAUUCCCCGUAUUCAACAAUUCUUCAAUCUAGAAACCUUUUCAGUCAACUGUCCGCGAUUUCCGAAUGUGCUCUGUGUGCACAUAAGCAAGAAUUUUUGUCUCUAAAAUUUUUACUCACUAGUUCGCGUCAGUGGUACUCGUGAGCAGUGCGCGCAACCGCGCGCACCAAUGGGUUUUUCUUUAAAGCUUAUUAUUGUUCAAAAAGUUCUACCCCUAUUCUUCUCUUACUCAGUGCCAACACCUCAUCCGCCGCUACCCGUAGUUCCGUACACCCCCUAGUAGCGUCGCACUUGAACACUCCUGUAAACCGCAACCCACCGUCGUCACCGUCACACACUGCCCCCCACACAUCUACCUGGGAACUAUGUCUUUGGCUGCACCUCCUCCUGAGGGCCACCGUCGUCGUGGCUCAUCUGUGGGAAACAUCGACCUUGGAGACAACACUUCUCCAUCGCUCACCACUAUGUACCGCUCUCCUUCUUCGCGUAAGAGACUGGACGCCAGAAUUGCCCAACUUCUGUCCACCCCAGAACUGGACUUGGCAGUUGCUGGAAAGAUCUGGGUUGCAUUCCGUGAAUUGGCCUACCGUCACACUUGGAUUGGUCCUGGUUUAGUCAUGGUUUCCCUCCUUGCUACUUUUUUCCUUCUGCCAGCAGGAAGCGCGGUCCAUGAAACACUUGCUCGUGGUAUUCUUCUUUCAUACCAUAUCCCGGGAACUGAUCAAUAUGGGAAGGGUGUCAAUGAUUUCUAUUUUGUGUUCUUCUACUCGUUGGUCUUCACUUUCCUUCGUGAGUUCAUCAUGACCUGUAUUCUCAAGCCUCUUGCUUCUGCUUGUGGUGUUCGUCGUGAAGCAAAGCAAAAGAGAUUCAUGGAACAAACAUAUGCCACUCUCUACACUGGGUGUCUGGGACCAUUUGGUCUUUGGAUCAUGUCGAAACUCCCACUUUGGUACUUUGAAACCACCCCUUUCUACACAAACUACCCACACAAAACCAAUGAUUUUUACUUUAAGCUUUACUACCUUGGCCAAGCCGCUUACUGGGUCCAACAAACCGUUGUUCUCCUGCUUCAAUUGGAAAAGCCUCGUAAGGAUUUCAAGGAAUUGGUUCUUCAUCAUAUCAUUACUAUUGCUCUUAUUUGGUGUUCCUACAGAUUCCAUUUCACUUGGAUGGGUUUGGCAGUUUACAUCACUAUGGACGUUUCUGAUUUUUUCCUCCUGGUCCUGAAAACUCUCAAUUACGUCAAUCUGAGACUCACAACUCCAUUUUUCCUUGUGUUCGUUGCUCUGUGGAUCUACCUCCGUCAUUAUUUGAACUUGAAAAUCUUGUGGUCUGUUCUUACUGAAUUCAGAACUGUUGGUGAAUGGGAACUUAACUGGGACACUCAACAAUACAAAUGUUGGAUCUCCCAACCUAUUGUAUUCUUUUUGAUCGGUGCCUUGCAACUUGUCAAUGGGUAUUGGUUAUUUUUGAUUUUGAGAAUCUUGGCAAGAUACCUCAAGGGUGAUAACCCAUCUGAUGAACGUAGUGACGAUGAAGAAGAAGAAGAAGAGGAACAAGUUGAAGAAAAGAAGAAUCAAUAGAUGUCUCAAUCUUUUAGUGAGUAGAUUGUCAUAUCAACUCGGUUGAUUAUUAAAUAUUUAAUCUCGCUGUAUUCAAUACAUA